UCUUUGUGCAGUGACAGUUUAACGUGUGUGUGUGUGUGCUAGCUUUGUCACCAUCUAUAUUAACAGACACAGCAGGUGUGCUCUGGCAGGUAUGUCGUCCGGUGGAGAAGCAGUGUUUCGGGCCGUGGAGACGCCGCUGAUGUGCCUCGGUGCUCUGACGGCGGCCUGGAUAUCCGUGUGCUCCGUGUGCAGGCUGCUGUCCGGGAUCAGGGUGUGGGUGCUGGGCAAUGGACGGCUCGUGUCACCCGCUAAACUUGGGAAGUGGGCAGUUGUGACGGGAGCCACAGAUGGGAUUGGGAAAGCCUAUGCAGAGGAGCUUGCCCGCAGAGGCUUUGCCAUCGUGCUGAUCAGCCGCUCUCAGGAGAAGCUGGAUGACGUAUCCAAGGCGAUCGAGAGCAAAUGUGGUGUGGAGACAAAAACGAUCUCAGCAGACUUUAGUUCUGUCGAUAUCUACUCCAAGAUUGAAGACGGACUUGCAGGACUGGAGAUUGGAGUUUUGGUGAACAAUGUUGGAAUAUCCUAUUCUUAUCCUGAAUUCUUCCUCAACGUCCCCAACCUUAACUCUUUCAUUGACACCAUGGUCAACAUUAACAUAACAUCAGUGUGUCAGAUGACACGGCUCGUUUUACCUCAAAUGGUGGAGAGGAAGAAGGGAGCCAUCCUCAACAUCUCAUCUGCUAGUGGGAUGUACCCUGUUCCUCUCCUUACCGUCUACUCUGCCUCCAAGGCAUUCGUGGACUUCUUUUCACGAGGACUGCAGGCUGAAUACAAGAGCAAAGGGAUCAUCAUCCAGAGCGUUCUGCCAUUUUUCGUUGCAACCAAGCUGAGUAAAAUCAGACGGGCCACGCUGGACAAGCCCAGUCCACAGCGCUACGUUGCAGCUGAGCUCAACACCGUGGGACUGCAGACCCAAACCAAUGGAUACCUGCCCCAUGCUAUCAUGGGCUGGGUGACUACAGCUCUGCUCCCUGCCAAGAUCCUCAACAGCCACGUGAUGGGGAUGGGUUUGUCCCAGCGCGCUCGUCACCUCAAGAAGCAGAAGCAGGGAUAGACGAGCAGCGGCUGGGAGCGGCAGAGGCAGACAGAGGAGACCAGCUGUGUUAACGACUCGUACGACUACCAUCAUCACCAUCAUCACCAUCACCAUCAUCAUCAUCGUGGACCAAGAAGAGAAAAUGUGAUUGUGAAAAAAAAAUGUGAAAUGUGUUUCUGGGCAACGUGUCAAUUUCCCCCUCCCUCUAUAUCUGCUAGUCAUAGAUGAUGCGUGGCCACAGUUACACGAAUCCACUCCAAACUCUGCUCUGCAUCGAGUCAUCAGCUUUAAUGAAUGUGAUACUAACACGUAAACUAAAACUGACCUCCCAGAACUAUCUUUUUAUCAGAAAAACACAGUCAAAAAAUUAAGCCCAUAUGAGAAGGGAAGCAAUUACAGAAAUUUGGAUAUGUCAGGUUAUCAUCCUCUAAAUGUGUAUAUGGGUAUGUGUGUGUAUGCAUGCCCAGAUUUGUCCUGUUUGUUACUAUAUGGGGAAAAAAAACAUUUUAGUAUAGCACUGAAAAUAGUACAUAUGCAGCAGCAAUUCUGCAAUACCCUUUAAAGCACUUAACAAUUUAUCAGGAUUUGCAAGGUUGAAGUGGUUUUUUUUUGUCUGCCAUUAGAAAUAAUUAAUUCUUGUGUUUUUUUUCUUUUCAUGUCAUGUCAUAAGAUUCAAAGCACUUACAUUUACACCUUUUCCUCUUCACUACUGACUGAAAACCGUUGCUUUUUUCCUCCUUCAUCUUGACAGUAUUGAUGAGUUGCUGAGGAGAUGCAUGUAUAAUUAACCCAAACUACUUCUCAUGUGUAAAAAAUGAAGAGGAGCCUGUGUUUAGAUUAAUAGCUAGAGCAGAUGGAGAAGCUGUGAUUGUGUGAGAAUAUUAAAAUGUCUGUUUGGUGAUGUACUAAACUGGUUUUCUAAUGAAUUCUUAACAAGUAGUGGUUAUUGUCUGGGAUUAUUUAAUGUUCUAAAAGUACAGACAACCCUCUCAUCAUAUGUUUGAUCCCAGUAUAAUCUCUGGGUGGUUUUGUUCUUGUUUUAUGUGUGUGAUUUCUGCAUUGUUCUUGAAUUUCCAACUGAAAUGUUCAGGCUACUAAAAUGUUAAACCAAACCAAAAUGUACAGAUGAGACAAACCAAUGAAAUACUGUAAAAUCUCUGAUACAUUUUACAGUAUGUCAGUAGCUGUGUCAUAUUCCACCUGUACUGGCUCAGAUAUUUGCUUUAAGUUAUACUGUUAUAAUCUCUGUGGGAAACAUUUAACUGACAUUUAGCACAGCAGCAAGGGACCAGUUCCAGUUCUGAGGUUAAUGCUUUUCUUAGGUUGUGUUCCUAAAACCUAAAAGAUCCAUGUUGUUGUUUGGGGGGAAAAACUGGGAAAACAAAAACACUUGGAUAUCGUUUACUGAUAUGGAAAGCUACUGUGUAUCUGUCCUUCCAGCCAUCAAUAAAUUGCCUUUCAUAUAACUUUA